UAAAUCAUGGUUUACCGUUGCCUCACCAUUUUCAAAUUCCAGUUUACAAACUUGAAGGGCUUCUCUUUGACGGGUAGCUUUAGAAUCACACUUUGCUGCUGCAAAUUCCAUCAGAAUAAUUGAAAAUGCAGAGAUAAAAAUGACACAUGAGAGGCCUCUUUUGCUUUUCUUCUUGUAAAGAUCUGCUAUGCUUUUUCAUCCAUAUGGCCUCCAUAAUUCAAUUUCUUUCCCGGGUUUUGCUGGUUUCACUACUCUCUGCAGAUUUUGGCCAGCUUCCCAGAGAAGGGGCUAAAAUGGACAGUUCGUUCGAGAAGUCCGAUCUGGGUUUUCAACCCUCACCUUCUUCAGUGGAUCAAACUGAUCAUUCCCCCACGGGAGCAACUAGCAGUUCUAUGAUGAGCACAGAUUCUUUCGCAUACUGUCGAACCAGCUCAGAGAUCUCCGCCUUCUCUGAUCCUACAGAUGACAGUAGCUUCUCAGAAACCCCAAUUCCCAGCUGGUUUCUGGGAAAAUCUUCUAACUUUGGCAGAUUUGGAAUGAGGCAGCAGAAGGAAGUCCUGGACAACAAGGCUGAAGAUCACGAGCCAGUCGAUAUGGCGCUUGAACUGAUGAAGGAGAGGUUUUCCAAGCUUUUGCUGGGUGAAGAUAUGUCUGGAAGUGGAAAAGGAGUUUGCACCGCAGUCACAAUCUCCAAUGCCAUAACCAACCUCUAUGCUUCUGUAUUUGGCCAACAUCUGAGAUUAGAGCCACUAAAUCCUGACAAGAAGUUGAUGUGGAAGAGAGAAAUGAACUGCCUCCUCUCAGUAUGUGAUUACAUAUUUGAAUUCAUCCCCACAUCACAGAGUCUGAAGGAUGGAACAGAAGUUGAGGUGAUGGCAAACAGACCAAGAUCAGACAUCUUCAUCAACCUUCCGGCACUGCGGAAACUCGACUUGAUGCUCUUAGACAUAUUGGACAGCUUCCAGGAGACAGAAUUCUGGUAUGCAGAGCAGGGGAGCAUGUCGGGCAAUUCGACGCGUUCUGGCUCCUUCCGGAGGAUCAUUCAGCCUCAGAGCAAGGGGGAGAAGUGGUGGCUGCCGGUUCCCUGUGUUCCCCCCUGUGGCCUCUCCGAGCAGUGGAGGAAGCACCUGCGACACAAGCGCGACUGCGCUAAUCAAAUCCACAAAGCAGCCAUGACCAUUAAUGGCACCAUCCUGGCUGAAAUGGAAGUUCCCGACUCUUACAUAGCAUCACUUCCCAAGUGUGGAAAAGCGAGCGUUGGCGACACAAUCUAUCGUUAUAUGUGCAGUGCAGAUAAGUUUUCGCCUGACCAUCUCCUCGACUACCUGAACAUAAGCUCUGAGCACGAGGCACUCGAGCUUGCAGACAAAGUCGAGGCAUCGAUGUAUAUAUGGAGGCGUAAAGCCUGCAUGAGCCACUCAAAAUCAUCGUGGGACAUGGUGAAAGACUUCAUGUCAGAAAUAGAUCGGACUGACAAGAACCGGGUGCUGGCAGAGAGAGCAGAGAUCUUGCUAUUCUGCUUGAAGCAGAGGUACCCUGAGCUUGCACAGACAAGCCUUGACACGUGCAAGAUACAAUACAACAGGGAUUUGGGGCAGGCAAUCCUAGAGAGCUACUCAAGGGUGCUGGAAGGGCUGGCUUUCAACACUGUUGCUUGGAUUGAUGAUGUGCUGUUUGUUGACAAAACCACAAAGAGGCAACAAGAUCAAUAGAAACUGCAAGAAAGAAUCAAGUUUCAAGUUUCAACCUCAGGCAGCCACGCAGGCAGCUAAAUUGCUCAAUGUAAAUUUUAGCAGCAGCCAGUAUUAGGCCCCGGAUUCAGAAGUUUCAGAGAAGCCAAAAACCGCAGUAAACUUUAAUAUGCAUAUAUGCAAUUUUGUUGAUGCAGUAGUCUUAGGAUUUGGGAUUCUUGCAACUUAUGCUCUUUUUCUGGUUGUAUAGUAACUAGUAAGCAAUAAACAUUCCAGAUAAAGAAUGACGCUUGUGUUAGAUAAUAGUCUAUCUUGUCAAAUUAAACAAUAUGAAUUCUUGAUAAACAAACCAAAAAACUAAAUUAUGUAGCCAAUUAUGUAUACUGAGAUUAAAAGUUAAUGAGUUAUUGUUUAUGAUAACAGUA